AUGAAAAGCAAGAUGCCCCAAUAUGAAUACAUCAAUAUGGAUUCCGGAUGGUACGUGCAUGACACAGUGGACGAAUUUGGUCGUUGGUCAUACCGAAGAGACCUUUUCCCCAACGGUUUACGUUAUCUAUCAGACCACUUGGCGAAAAACGGACAUAAACUGGGGAUAUACAUUCUGCCUGGGAUUCGCAAAGAAGCUGUGGAGAACAAUGCCAAGAUCAAAGGCACAACACAUUAUUUAAAGGAACUGACGACUCGAAAACUGGAAGGCAAUGGAUUUAAAGGCACCACGUAUAUGCCGGAUGAACACAACGAAUUGGUUCAGAUGUAUUAUGAUUCCAUGGCUGAAUUAUUUGCGGAAUGGGGCAUCUCCUUUGUUAAAGUGGACGGAUGUGGACCCGGAGGUGGCGACCAAUUCUACCCUUACCAAUCCCCCGAUAAUCGAGAAUGUCUCCGCAUGAUGGGACAAGCUUUCAGAAAACGCAAUAUAUGGAUGCAGCUCUCAUGGUACAUGGAUCCCAGUUAUAUUUCUGACUGGGUCAAAAUCUCCAAUGGCGCCCGUGUCUUCAUUGAUAUCGAGUCCUAUUCAACAAAAACAAUGACUUCAUCUCACCGGGUGUUUCAACGGGUGACUUACGCCUCACGAUGGGCCGAACUUGAUGACGUUGGAGUGCACAACGGAUUUUACAUCGAUCUCGACGUGGUACUGGUUGGUAUGGUUGUCAAUGGGAAAUGUAUAGAUGGACUGGACAACGAUGACGUCCGGUUAUCCUACAUCAGUUUCUGGGCGCUGGUCAGCUCCGUAUUCUGUAUUGGCGCCGACCCACGCAUGAUUCCUGACAAGUAUUUACAUUGGUUCAAUCAUCCGGAGAUGCUCAUGAUCCAUCAAAGCGGUAUUAUGGCCAAACCUAUUGGGUCCGGAAAUGCAUGGUUGAACCGAAAACAAAUCUGGUGGAAACGACUCGCCGACGGUCGAAUCGCUUGUGGAUUAUUCAAUACGCAUGUAUAUCCCUUCUUCCUCGGAAUCAGUCGCGAAAUCAAGUUCAAAUUGUCGGAUAUGGGUAUUGAGACAGCUGAAAUCAAAGAUGUAUGGGCAGGAGAACAAAUGGGGACCUACACCGGAACCUACAGUGUAACACUACGAGCAGGACAGUGCCAGCUUCUUUUAAUUACGCCAAAAUAA